CUCGGGGAGAAUUCAGUUCGACUAGUUUCGCCGCGUGAUGACGAUCACCAUGAAGUUGUUGUUGUUUUUAUCUACCAUUGCGAUUUGUUACAAUGCUGCUGAAAGUUUGAGGUAUAAAAAGAUCAGAUCGGAUGUUGUUUCUGGUCCAAAUUAUGGCGACCCAGUCUUUGUGACUAAGUACAUCAACAAAGGAGAUAUUGCAGGAGGACAGAUGGCGUCACAAGUAAAACCGAUUAAAGCUAAAGUCGAAAGCUACGCUGGCUUUUUUACUGUCGAUCCGAAGUACAAUUCGAGUAUGUUUUUCUGGUUUUUUCCUGCGGAACAUAACUCGAAAAACGCUCCCGUCAUCGUCUGGCUGCAGGGAGGGCCUGGUGCUUCUUCUCUUUUCGGUCUGUUCGACGAACACGGCCCGUUCUACGUUCGUCCCGAGAGAGGACUACGGUCGAGAAAAUACUACUGGUCUCAGGUCUUGAACGUCAUUUACAUCGACAAUCCCGUCGGGACGGGUUUCAGCUUUACAGACGACGAUGCCGGGUACGCCAGGAACGAAGUCGACGUGGGAAAGAAUCUUUACGAGGCUGUAAGACAAUUUUUUCAAUUGUUUCCAGAUUACAAGAACAACGACUUUUUCGUCACCGGGGAGUCGUACGCGGGCAAAUACGUUCCUGCACUCGCUUAUACCAUUCAUACCAACAAUCCAACGGCAAAGGAAAAAAUCAACUUGAAAGGCAUUGCCAUAGGAAACGGUCUUUGCGAUCCUGAAAAUAUGAUGGAUUACGGUGAUUACCUGUUCCAAUUGAGUUUACUCGACUCGAAUGAGCGGGACCAGUUCAUCAAUUUACAAAACAACAUCGUCAGCUUGAUCAAGCAACAAAAGUACGACGCUGCUUUUGAAGCCUUCGACGCGUUAUUAAACGGAGACUUGACACCUUACAAAAGUUUGUUUUAUAAUUCGACCGGUUACGAAUUCUAUUUUAACUUCUUACACAACAAAGACUACACUCCAUACGGCGAUUUUGGAGAAUACCUUCAAAAAGACGUAGUGAGGAGAUCCAUUCACGUCGGGGCUCUACCAUUCCACGAUGGAAAGAAGGUGGGAACGUUCUUAAAAUCCGACGUCAUGCAAUCGAUCAAACCGUGGUUUGAAGUUCUAGUUGAGAAAUACAAGGUUCUCAUCUACAACGGCCAACUAGACAUCAUCGUCCCCUAUCCUCUGACUUCCAAUUUUCUUAACAACGUGAAAUGGUCGGGUGCGGAUGAAUUUAAGCAGGCGAAGAGGAAACUGUGGAAGGUCAACGGAGAACUGGCAGGGUACAGCAAAACUGCCAAAGGACUCACUCAAGUCCUCGUGCGCGACGCCGGCCACAUGGUCCCCAUGGACCAGCCUUUGUGGGCCCUUGAUUUGAUUUCCAGGUUCACUUAUAAUAAAACCUUUUAAAAAAAAAUAUAUUUAAUUCUCUGAAAAAGUAAUAUUAAAAUGUAGAAGUGGAAAUAUUUUUCCCUUCCUUAUCUAUGUAACAGUCAUUAUUUUCGCCAUAAACGUUUUUAUAAAAUUGUGAUACAAGUUGUAUAUUCCGAGCAGUCGGAUUAUUUGUCAAACGCCAUAAAAUAAUAUUAAACUGUCAUUUUAAGUACCAACUUUAA